AUGGAGUCAGCGGCUUGGCUCACGCCCCCAGUUCAAUUGACUGGGAGCCGUGCAUUUACUUGUGAUGGCUUCACAGAAGCGCAAUGUGUCUGGUAUAUGAAGAGAUGGCAUUUCUGGUACAUCGCCGAUCAUGUCUACGCUUUGCCUACAGUGGCCUUCUUUAUGAGUGGCAUUGGACUCUUCACAAUCGGCCACUUCAUAUCCUACUACGUUAUUGGCCUUGCUUUUCCGACAUUCCGCGGGCCAGGACCCUGGCGAAUGUUAAUCGCCAUCAUCAGAUAUCUUUCGUAUCGUGGGUUCCAUGUUACAUCACUUGGAUUUAACUCAGCUCCCAUUGGAGUGCUGUUACUGGGAUUGGUUGGAACAAUUUUCUUUUUUUGCAUGGACUUGAUCCCUCAGCCGUACUAUUGGCCUUCGUUAGACUUUGGCGGCUCACCACCAUUAGGAACAAGAUCCGGGUGGUUGGCUUUGGGAUGCAUGCCAUUUGUAUUCGCUACUGCCACCAAAACAAACUGGAUUACCUUACUGACAGGCGUCUCCCACGAGAGGCUCCAAGUAUUCCAUCGAUGGAUAGCUUACGCCUUUUUUAUACUUGCGCUCUUGCACACGUUCCCGUUUAUUAUUUAUCACAUCAGAUUUCACGAUAUGCAGAUGCAUUUCAAGAUGAGCCUUUUGUUUUAUUGGACAGGUAUCGUCGCUUUGAUCUUCCAAGCCUGGCUUACGUUUGCAUCUCAUAGUGCCAUCCGAAAACUGUUAGGAUACGAAUUCUUCAAGGCAACACACUUCUUUUCUGCCGUUAUAUUUAUGCUUACCUUCUUUUGGCACUGUGACUAUACUCUAACAUCCUGGCACUACUUCAUAGGCACUGCCGCAGUAUAUGUACCCUGCUAUGUCUAUCCCUGGCUAAGAACCUGCUUUGAGUACGGUGUUCAAACAAAGGCUCAUGUCAAAGUAGAGGACAAUGGUUUCGUCCGUGUCACUAUCCCAGCAAACUUCACUUGGGAAAUAGGACAACACUGCUUCUUACGCUUUACUGGUUUUGGGCUUGUAGAAGCCUUGUCAUCGCAUCCAUUUACGAUUUGCUCUUUGCCAUCCACGUCUCCCGCCGAUCAGUCGUUCCUUGUCUUUUAUCUUAAGAGACAUAGAGGUUUUACAGCAAAGUUGUAUGAGCACGCGUUACAAAACCCAGGAGCUCAAGUCACAGUGCUGGUGGAUGGACCAUAUGGGGGUAUCGAUAAAAAGGCAUUCCCAAACAAUAACCGUCUUGUUGUCAUCGCAGGAGGCUCGGGAGCUGGAUGGACUUUGCCUUUUAUCGAACUUUAUGUCGCAGCCCACACAUCUGAGGGCGAAGCAGACCUCAGAGGAGAUCAAAAGGACAGAUGCCCGUUUUCAUCACUUCGUGUGAUACUAGCAUGUCGAGAUAUCGAGACCUGCGGUUGGUAUCGACAAGUUGUGACUGGAACGUUGCUCAAGUACACAGACAAAAUGGUCCCGGGAUUGCAUGUGCAACUCUAUCAUACCAGUGGAGCCUUACCUGAAUCAAUCCUCCCAUUGAAUAGGAGCUCAGUUUCCAGACCAAAAUUAUCAGGGACGGAAAAGGGGACCGAGAUUCCGGUACUAUUCGACGAACUCCUUGGUCGACCUGACUUACCAGGAGCUGUGAAAGAGGUGGCAAAUGAGAUGACAUCUACCGACUCGCUUGGCGUAUAUGUUUGCGGUCCAGACACUAUGCAGAAUGAUGUUCGAAAUACUGUUGCAUUUUUAAACUUGAACAUCCUCAGGAAUUCAGAUUCCGUGGGAGCUUACUUACAUUCCGAACACUUCUCUUGGGCAUAA